CUGGGGGGCCCAGGGGCGCCUUUUGGCCUCCGCGGCAGCAGGGGGCGCGGUGCGGCUCUGGGCCUGGCCCGCCAGGACCUUACUGGGAGAACUGGGAGCACUGGGAGGGCCCCCGGCAGGACUGGCCUUUGCCCCUUCCUCAUCCACGGGGGGCAGGGGGGGCAGUACUGGGACUGGGAGAGGAUGGACGGUUGCUACUCUGGCCAGCCGGGCUGGGCCGCCUGCGCGUAACCUUGACCCCGCCUGACCCCGUCCCGGACCCUGCCCUCUGCCUGACCUUUGACCCCAGUGGCUCCCGAUUGGCUGUUGGGCACCAGAGCGGGAACAUCCGGAUUCAUGUGACCCCCUGGGAGGCCCCGCCCCUUUGCUGCGGGGGGCGUGGUGUGGCGGUGACGUCACUGGCAUGGGCGGGGCCAGAAGUGCUGGUCGGGGGCGGGGCCUCGGGCACCCUGUGGCUCUGGCUGCUGCCCAAGCCCCGCCCCCCGGAAGGCCCCGCCCCUUCUGCCUUCCCAUUGGCUGCAGCCCCACCCCACCUGUCGCUGCCGCUGGGGCGGGGCCCUGUGACGUCACUGGCAGGCGAUGGGCGGGGCUUGGCGGUGGCGACCGAGGAUGGCACCGUGGGGCUGUGGUCGGCGGCCGCCCUGUCCCGCCUGCCCAGCACUGUGGGGCUGCCCCCCAAGUGUCAGGAUGGUUCUAUGGGGCUGGCGCAGCUGGGGGAGCGGCUCCUGCGGCCCCACCUGGGCCCCACAGAAUCCAUGGGGCUGAGCCCCACAGGGGACCUGCUGGCCACGGGGGGCAGAGACCAUGCCGUAGCGCUGUGGGGCAACCACGGGGCAGCCAUGGGGCAGCUGAGGUGGCGCCAGAACGAGGCCCAUCGGGACUGGGUGUGUGCACUGGGAUGGACCGGGAGGCUAUUGAUCUCGGGCUCUCUGGACGGCACCGUGGGGCUCUGGGACCCGGACGUGGGGCAGAAGCUGCAGGAACUAGAGGGGCUGGAGGGGCCACCCCGAGCAGUGGGGGGACACGGUCGGGCUGUUCUCGCUGUCUCUGCAUCCGGUUCCGUGGCCGCCUGGGAGGGGGCGGAGCUUCGGAGUCUCGUGACCCUACGAGGCCCCGCCCAGGGCGCCCUGCCCCCCCCCGGGCGGGGCCGGGCAAUGGCGGCGGUGACUGAUCCCGAGGGCCACACCCACCUCUGGGAGCCUCUGCAGCCCCCCCGGCCCCGCCCCCUUGGCAGCGCCGGCCCCGGAGCCCUGGGGGUGAUUGUGGGGGAGGGGCCGGGGCUGGCCCCGCCCCCCGGGGCUGGCCCCGCCCCCCAGUCCCCCGCCCCCAACCACGUGAUCGUGACAGCGACGAGGGGCGGGGCUAUUCGGAUGACCCCCCUGCCCCCGCCAGACGAGCCCCUCCCCCUCCCGUGGGAUCCUCGCAGCCGAUUUGAGGAGGAGCUGGUUGGGGGGUGUGGCCGAGUCACCUCAUUGGCCUGGAGCCCCUGCGGGAGUCACGUGAUCGUGGGCGGAGCCAAAGGCAGCUUGAGCCUGUGGGGGGAGGGGCGGCUGCUGAGCCAGGCCAAGGUGUCCCCUCUCCCCAUCUCAGCACUGGGUUUCGUUGCCCCCCAUGAGCUCCUGGUCGCCUCGGGGCGGCAGGUGGAGCUGUGGGCUGUGGGGCAGGAGCAGGACGCCUACAGGCUCCGCCCCGUGUCCCCAUUGGCUGAGCUGGGGGUUCCCGUGCUCUGGAUGGUCCGUGCUCUGGCCCCGCCCCCCGGGCCCCCCGCGCUGCUGCUCCUGGGGGACGGGCAGGUCUGGGGGUACCGGGGGGGGGAGGGGCUGCGACCCCUCAGGGUGCUGCCCGAGGAGCCCCUCCCGCACCCCCUGCCCCACCUGCUGCACCAGCCCCCGGACACCUGGGUCCCCCCUGACCCCUCGGUGACCUCCCCGGAAGCCUGGGUCCCCCCCAGUCCCUACCGGCUGCCCGCGCCCCCCCUGGAGCCGCAGCCACUGCCGGAUGGAUCCAUCCUGGUGUGGGGGGGUGCCAGUGACCCCCAACUGCGGCGCCUGGUGCCCAUGGAGGGGGGUCUCUGGCGCUCUCUGGCCCCCGCACUGCCCCCCUCGCCCCUCCCCACACACGGACCCACCCGCUGGUUCUCGGGGGCACGACUGGUGCCGGGGGUGGGGCUGUUCCUGGCUCGCUCCGACGGGACCCUCUGGGUCUGCACCGGGCGGGGGGACCCUUGGGUGCGGCGCCGGGUCUCGGGGUCCCCCCUGACGUCCCUGCAGCUCCUGGGCCCGGGGCUGGUGACGACCUCCCAGGAGGGGCUGGCGCGGCUCUGGGACCCCCGGGGGGGGCCCCCGGAAGCCCACUACCGGUGCGCGGGGCCAAUCACCUGCUGUGCUGUGCACCCUGGCUCCGCCCCCGGCUCCGCCCCCCACCUGGCAUUGGGUGAUGCCUGGGGCCACACCUACAUGCUGCGCUGGGACACGCCCACCGCGGCAUGCCACGCCCACUCCAAGUGACCACGCCCACUCGGCAAGACCACACUCCUUGAAGCCACGCCCACUCCAGGUAGGGGUGGGCAUAAAGCUGAGCUGCCCCCACACACCUCUGCUGUCUUGGGGGGACCCAGGCGUCCGGGGUGUCAUGCCACCCACCCGCUGUCACUCAUCCUCCUGGCCACGCCCCUCUUGCCUUCCCUCCCACCCAAGCACCGCCCAUCUUCACCUCAUUUGCAUAACCCCGCCCCCUCCGUGUGGCACUGGCCCAGGCACGGGAGGACACCUCCCUCCCCGCAAUGGCCAAUGGGCGCGCGGCGGGGGCGGGGCUUGGCGGAGCUCUUGAUAAAUGUUUAAUUUCUGCUUUUAAAAACAUUAGAUUUCCACUUUUGCCCGAGUUCGUCUCAUUUCUGUGAAAGGUUUCUGUGGUGCUGGGAGGGGAGGUUAAAUAGAACCUGCUGUUUAUUAUUAAAGGCUUAUUUGGAGAAAUUAUUAAA